AUGGCCAGUUUUUCUCUUUCACAACUCUUUUCGGGUUCCUCCUCAGACGGGACGACCGGCUACAACACCAGUCAGGUUGUUCAAGUUCUUACUUUCCGCCCAUCACCAAAUCACCCAAAUGUCACCCUGCUACAGCGAGAAGGCUCUCACGGUGAGACCACAACUUUGUACGCCAGCACGACCUCAAAAUUCACAAAGCCCAACAUCCAGAUCUUCCGAGUAGUCGCCACCAGUACGGGCCUGCAACAAACAGCCAUCGGCAAUGCAUCCUUCCAUUUACUAUCAUCAACCACUGAUCUCUCUUUGCACGGCCACUACAUUACAAUGAAAUCCGGCAACCUGUCUAGCAGCUACAACUUCAUGUACCCGCCCACAGGCAAGAUGAAAUGGAAAAGCAACUUCAUGGGUACCGCGCUCGAACUUUUCGACAGCGCAGGGCUGAAGUUGGCACGGUACAAGUUCAAGUUUUCGUCGACGAGCGGAAAGAGAUUGGAGAUUCUCGUUCCGUGCGCCGACUCCUUCCUGGAUUUGAUCGUCUUGUCCGGAAUGGCGGCUACGGUCAAGGAGCGUGAGAAGUUGAAAGCUGCCUCGGCGGCUUCGGAGGCGGUAGCGGGGGUAUAA